CCCAUGGGGCCGCGCUCGCAGGUCGGGCCGGCGUGAGCGGGGAGAUUGAAAUGGCGGCGGCCGUGGAGGCGCGGAGUUCAGACUCUGACAACGCGGAGGAAUGGUCCCGCCUCAGAGAGGCGGCUUGGGAUCUCGGAUCUCAGAGAACUAUAGCUGGGACCAAUGAAGAUAAGACGACUUCAGUGUCAAUAAAACCAAGUCUCAGGCAAAAAGGAGAUAAUCAGCAGCACGACAAAAAUGAACUACAGACGACGCCAGAAUUCAGAAGUCACGUUGCUAAAAAGCUUGGCGUCUUGCUAGAUGGUAUCAUUGCUGUUGACAAUUCUGGGCCACUUCUAAAGCAACCAGCAGAAGAUAAUGGUGACGAUGAAGGUUUUCGAUUAUUUACCACAAGCAUACCCGAGGAUCAUAGGAAAGUCGAACCUUCAUCUCCAGUUAAAUGGAAGCCCCCGCCUAGUUCAAGUGAGUCGGACAGUGAAUGGGAUCGGUUGAAGGAGGCAGUGGUUUCGGGCGACGACUUACUUUGGCAAAGUUCCAUCGUCAGCAAUCAGCCAGAGACAAAUCAGGAGGAAGGCCCCGCUGAGAACAAAGGCAAUUGGAAAAAGAAGAAGAGGAAAAAGAGGAAGCUGGCCACUGAAGGUGGGGACGAUAGUAAAGAGGACGAGGAGGCAGUUUCAACAAGAAAAUCCAAACAGAAGUGCCGAGUUCUGGUAAAAGAGCUGGAACAAACAGAAUUUACUGAUGAAACUCUGGAGGGUCAGGAACGCUUCAAGACAGAAGAAGCUGAUGUUGAAAGGGGUGGAAAGAAAAGAAAGAAACCCAAAAAUGGUAAACAUAUAUCCAAAAUUAAGUUAAAAGGAGUUCUGGUAACAGAUGGGUUAUGACAUUCAUUGGCGAUUCCUGACUUCCUUCAGCUUUCACUCGAGGUGCUGUUCCAAAAGCUUUUGAUUUGUGUACUUUAGCCUCUUACUUUGAAGUAAUGUGGAUCUCCAUGUGAGAAGGGGAAGCAAUGAUUUCUUGCAUACUGCCGUCCUGCCCAAGGGAGAAUGUCUCUGAGUGGAGAUUUGUUGGACUGAUUCAGCUGAAUUGUGAAUAAUGAACUGUUGCUUGAGGGAACUGUGACUGUGGAGCUUUUGGUCCAUGUAUCUUCCUGUUACCUGCCUGAAAUGAUAAUAGUUUCUUUCCUCA